AUGGAUGCUUUCUUGAAUGAGGUGUAUAAGAAAAAGGUUAGCAACACAAUUAAGCAGAGAAAUCGGGAAAAGAAACUUCAAGAUCAAGAUCUCAACUUGGUUACUCAACCAUGCAAUAGCGCAACAUCCGAAGAAACUGCUAUAAUCAUUCCGGAAUCUUCUAAUUCAGAUAAUAACGAAAUUAUUUCCCAAGACAAAACUGGUAAGAUACGUAAAAAAACGGAAGUAGAUUAUAGAAAGGCAAUUUCUGAGACAUUAUGUCCCGGAAAAAUUAUCUCUAGCAACAUAUCUAGCAUUGAUGAGGCAUCAAAACAUUUAGCUCAGUUAUGUAAUAAAGCUUUUGAUGCUGUAGAUAAAGCAAAUCGAGCUAAUCAGGAAGAAAUUUUAUGUUGGUAUCUCUAUGCGAAGGAUUUCAGAAUCCAGCUCAAUGGAAUUAUAGAAAAUAGCGAAG